GCCGCGCGCCCGCCGCCCCGCCAUGCCCCCGUUGCCGCCCGCCCUGCCCUGGCUGCUGGCCGCCUGCUGCCUCUGCGCCCUGCCGCGGGGCUCAGGGUUCCCCCAGCCCUUCUCGCGCUACGGGGACGGCGCGGACCUGCCCAAAAGCCAGCAACUGGCGCUGUGCUUCAGUCAGUGGAUGGAACUGUCUAAUCAGCCCCAGAUCUCCAGCACAGUUUUGGAUCUCUGUUAUUCCAUAUUCAACAGCAUGCAUACAAAUGAGGAAUCACAGAUUGCUGCUGCCAAGUUUACAAAGAAGGUAUGUAAAUGUGGAAACAAGUGAGUAGCCCUGGACAGGGAAGUAUGGCCCUUCCCCUGCUUUUUUUGCUGCCUUUUUUUUAAGUCAGCUUGGUUUUUUUCCAGUGGUUGGAAAGCCAGUUGUGCUGACCCUGCUUCUGCAAAGCAAUCAGCUGUGUGUAAAGCUUUUUUUUAUACAUUUUCUGAAGCCUGUGAAUCUUUAAUUAUGGUAAUUUAGUAUAUUUACACUAGACAGAAUGGAUAGUUCUUGACAAUGCCCUUUGGGGUAUUUUUAAUCUGCGUUCCAGAUGAAUGGGUAUUGGGGACUAUCAGCAUCUUGUUAGCAGGGCCUUUUUCAACAGUGUGAAUUAAUUGCCAUUCUGAUGGAAUGACACCAAAACCUGUCAACAGAUCUAUGGAACUGAGUUUAAACUAUUUUGUUAUUGUUUGUGUUUUUAUUUUACAGGAUAGUCAUGGGACUCUGGGACGCCCUUUUUUCCUUUUCAGGGUAUCUGAAUCUCUUACUACUUAUAGAUUCUGAACCAGUGUUAGAUACCUAUAAAUGAGCAGCUGUUUGCCUUCACAAGUUCUUGCUGCACUUCUUUUGACUAAAGGCCAAAUAACCUUUGCUUGAAAGCUUAGGGAAGUUUGUUUAAAAAGCUCUGGUUCAACUAAGAGAUGACGAGACAAUGACAUGUAGUAAUAGAUUAAAUACUUCUGUAUUUGAAGAGGUGACUCUAAAUAUCUGGCUCUAGAUAAAAUGUUUGCAAAGACAGAAGUAGCAUAUGGGUUUUAUCUUUGAGGCUGCCAAGGUGUGCUGAUGCUAAAUGUGUUAGAUAAAGUGUGUGUGAGCUGAAUGUCUACUUGGUCUGAAAGGUCUGGCCAGUAAGUGAGGCACACUGCAUAACAGGAUGAAAAGCCAAAGAAAAACUAUGGAUGUAAUUUCUCAUGUUUUUCACCCAUUGACUUGCUGAACUAUGGCACGGUCUAAUGCAGAAUAUGCUGUUUUAGAGACACUCUGAUUAACAUCAAACUAGUUUUUAGGAACAUCUCCAACACAUUAACAAAAAAAAAAAAAAAUGUUCUAAAGUAGCAGGUAACCAGAAUCCCAGUUCAGCUGUCACUUACAUUUUAGCUCACUUCAGGUAUGUUUGGCCGGGUAUUUUCAGUGCUUGUAUUUAUAUGCUCUUUCUUAGGCAUCUACAUAUAGUACCCCAAUGAAUUGGGACCAAGACCCUUAACAAGAAUAAAGCCAGACUGUUUAGCUCUCUGGACAGAGGCUGAAUGAAUAUUUCUGUUUCAAAGGCAAAACCCACCCUGCAUGGAUCACCUGGUAUUUGACAGGCUGUCCCUUUAAAUGAAACAUUCUCAGUCUUAUGUACUCUGUCUGCAUGAUGGGAGAUUUAUUUUGGUGUGCUUAUAAAUCUGGCAUCUAAUACUUCUGCACAACCAUCUAAUUACUUUUUUUUUCAGCCUCGAAAUGGAAGAACUAUCGAAGGCAGUGGUAAGUAGGCAUUCAAAAGUGAAAAGAACUUGUUCUGGUUUUCCUCAAUAAUGAUGAUCCUCAUGACAGAAGGAGUUACUGAGAAGUAUUACAAACCUAGAUACCCACAUGGAUGUUUCAUGUAGUCACUAGGAAGUGUCUGGGCAGAAAUGCAUUUUUCAUGCUCAGAUAUUUACAGUGUAUGCUCUUGGCAAAAGGAUUGUUUUCUCUUUAAGGUUCAGUAAGGAGGAGCUUUCGUGCUCUGCAAAUGAUAGAAACAGUACAUAAAUUAUAAAGUUUAAAAACAGGCUGUAAAUUGUGCGUGGAACACAAAAGCUAGACUGCUUUGUUCCAAGAGAGCUUCAGUCACCUGAUCCUGUAUGAGACCACUAAUACAGGUCUGCAUGCAGGUGGAGGAGUCAUCCUCACAUCAGAAUUGGGACCUGUUUUGGGGUAAACAUUAACUAGAAAGAGAAGGGGUGGGGAUAUAAGGAAGGAAGACAAUGAGAUCUAAUAGUAUCACUUAGCACUUGUAUAUCCAUCUUUGAAAGUGUUUGUUAAAGGUCUUCUGAGCUUUAGUGGGAAAUGAACAAUACAGAUGUUCCCUCUCCACCAGUAUGUGUCCCUCUCCACCAGUCUCUCCUUCCAAUAUCUCCUUCCCUGCAAUAAACAGAAAAUGGUGAUCUUUUGUAGUAUAAAAUUACAUUACAUUCCAGCUGUUGACUGAAAAGGUUGGAUAUUUUGGGACAGGACAGAAGGAUAGGAAAGAAAAACUGCUCGCACAAAGAAUACCUUUAUAUAUUCAGGAAUAAACUGUUUUAUAAAAAGAAGGAACCAAAAACUUAGGAGAAUAUUGCAGAGCGGCAUUGUU